AUGAGGGCGGUGCCAACCCGAGGGCUGAAGAGCGCGGGUUGGGACCCCGAGGUCCGGCAGCCAAUGGGAGAGCGGCUCCUGGCUCCCCCGCGGGGGCUGCAGGUGCGCCCACCAGCGAUUCGGGCGGCGCAGCCGGGGCGAGACGGGCUAGUAGGAGCCGCGGGGCCGGCUGGGAUUUCCCAGAGCCCCAGCCCAGGCCAGGAAAACUCUCCAGCGCCUGACUUGGCAAGGGGAGAAAGGGCUGCCUCCGGAGACAGGGAGGACGGCGCCGUGGAGGUUCGGAAAGAAACCAUCACCCUGGCCUUCGUGAGGGAGCACGCACAGAAGGGGCUGCAGAGCGCCCAGCCACAGGGCAAGAAGAGGCGGAGGAGAAAGAGAUGAUUGGUGAUCAAUCUGUCCAGCUGCCGGUACGAGAGUGUGCGCAGGGCCGCCCAGAAGUAUGGGCUUCGCGAGGGGGGCGAGGAUGAGGACUGGACUCUGUACUGGACGGACAGCUCCGUGUCUCUGGAGCGGGUGAUGGAGAUGAAGAGUUACCAGAAAAUCAAUCACUUCCCCGGCAUGAGUGAAAUCUGCCGCAAGGAUCUGCUGGCCAGGAACAUGAGCCGCAUGCUGAAGAUGUUCCCGAAGGACUUCCUCUUCUUCCCCAGGACCUGGUGCCUCCCCGCUGACUGGGGAGGCCUACAGACCUACAGCAGGUCCCGGAAAAAUAAGACGUACAUUUGCAAGCCAGAUUCGGGCUGCCAAGGACGAGGAAUAUUCAUCACCCGGACGGUGAAGGAAAUCAAGCCAGGGGAAGAUAUGAUCUGCCAGCUCUAUAUCUCAAAGCCCUUUAUCAUCGAUGGGUUCAAAUUUGACCUACGGAUUUACGUGCUGGUGACGUCCUGUGACCCCCUCAGGAUUUUUGUGUAUAAUGAAGGACUGGCCCGCUUUGCCACCACCUCCUACUCCCACCCCUGUGCCGAUAACCUGGACGACACCUGCAUGCACCUGACUAAUUAUUCCAUUAAUAAGCACAGUUCAAACUUCAUUCAAGACGCGCACUCGGGCAGCAAGAGGAAGCUGUCGGCCUUCAAUGUCUACAUGGAGAGCCACGGCUACGACGUGCAGCAGAUCUGGAGGGCCAUUGAGGACCUCAUUGUGAAGACCCUCAUCGCUGCCCACCCGGUCAUCAAGCACAACUACCAGACCUGCUUCCCCAGCCACACGCUCAACAGCGCCUGCUUCGAGAUCCUGGGCUUCGACAUCCUGCUGGACUGCAAGCUCAAGCCCUGGCUGCUGGAGGUCAACCAUUCUCCAAGUUUCUCCACUGACACCCGGUUGGACAGGGAGGUGAAGGACAGGCUGCUGUAUGACACCUUGGUUCUCAUCAACCUGGGGAGCUGUGACAAAAAGAAAGUCCUGGAGGAGGAGAGACAGCGGGGCCGGUUCUUGCAGCAGUGCCGUUCUCGGGAGGUCAGGAUCGAGGAAGCCAAAGGGUUCCAGGCUGCCAGGUUGCAGAAAACCGAGAAAUAUGAGAAGGACAACUGUGGCGGGUUCCGGCUGAUUUACCCCAGCCGGAAUCUGGAGAAGUAUGAGAAGUUUUUCCAGGACAACAGCUCGCUUUUCCAGAACACUGCUGCCUCCCGGGCCCGGGAGGGAUGCGCCCGGCAGCUGAUCCAGGAACUGAGACUGCGGCAGGAGCAAAAGCCCUUGCAGACUCGGCAGAAGAAGGCAGAGGUGCAGGGCGAGGUGGCAGGCGAGCAGGCCCAGGGCAGGAGCUCCAGGCCCUGGCGACCGUCGCAGCAGCAGAGAUGCAAGGCCGCCAAGCACAGCCCCAGACAAUACUUCCAGCCGCUGGCGCUGGUGUCCUGCAUGCCUAGCUUGCUCCUGGGUGUCAGAGAUAGAAAGAAGAGCGACAAGGACAGUGGCUUCAGCCCAGACGCCCCCAAGGAGGGGGCUGGGCCCACAACUGCCAGGCCCUGCAGCUCCGAGCUGGACCUGAGGAGUCCCCAUCGCAGCGGCUCCGGGCUGCAGCACUGUGCACCUGGUGACAACUUCGAGACACCUGCGCCGGACCCUGACACCAGCCCUGCCUCCGGCUCCGCACCCUUGACCUCGGGAGAAAUUUCCCCAGAGUCCACAGCUUCGGUCUCAGCCUCUGCAGAGGUCCUGCCGCACCCAGCCCCGCACACCACGUCCAAACACAGCAGCCCAGCAGUGGUCAGAGUCGUCUCCUUUCAGUGCAAGCAGCAGCAGCGGACCCCCCAGCAGCUCACCAAGGAGAAGAUGGCACAGCCUUCCACACCCCCGGUGUCCCAGCUCUUUAUACAGAAUUUGACUCCCAGCUGGAGCCGGUUGAAGAACAACACACAGGAAGAGCGCUUGGUGUCAGAGCUGCUGACCAAUAUUCAGCUGAAGAGGAGAUUGGCCCUGUUCCCGGCUCACUACAACUCACGGCUGCUGCUGAGUGCCCAGCCACACAAGUGCCCACAUGUGCCAGGGAGUGGCAAGAGCCCAGGAAGCCCCUGUCUGCCCAGAGAGGGCUGCUCUGGCACCUGCAGCUCCGCCGAGAAGAGGCAGCCGAAUGGGUCCCCCCUGCUCCUCCUGGAGAGGCCCCAGAGCCACAGCGUGUCCCUCAAGGAUCUCCUGGUGGUUGCCACCCCAGCCCAUCUGGACCGGCGGCCGGGCAGAAGCCAGGCAGGGCUCGUGAAGCACCUGUGUGUGCAGGAUCGGGACGCCUAGAGCCACUGCCUGGUCUCUGGCCACAAAGGAUGUGAGGGGAACUAG